AUGGCACUCAUCAAAUCAAGGGCACACUCUCACUUGCACCACACUCUUUUCCAGCACUUACCAUUCACUUUCAGACUAUGUUCUUCCACACCUCUUCUUUCAAACGAGAAUGACACUCCUCAAAACACCAAUCUAUCUCCCGAAGACUCCACCGUAAUUGACAAAUUUCACACCGUCAUCAUAGACCACUACCGCAAAAACCCUAACCCUAAUCCCGUUUCACCCUCACUCAAUUUCUCCAUCCCCGAUCUCACCGUUGAUUUCUCCAAAAUCUCCACCGUCCAUUCAAUUUCCCUCUCCAUCACCCGCCGCGUGAUCGAAAAAUGCGGCAGCGUCCGCCACGGUAUCCCAUUCCACCAAUCCCUAGCUUUCUUCAACUGGGCCACUACCCUAGAAAACAUCCCCUCCUCCCCGGAGCCUUACAACGAAAUGAUCGACCUCGCUGCAAAACUCCAACACUUCGAUUUAGCAUGGAGUUUGAUCGAUUUGAUGAAAUCGCGUGGCGUCAAAAUAACCAUAAGCACGUUCUCGAUUCUCAUCCGGCGAUACGUGAGGGCUGGAUUGGCUGCGGAGGCGGUGCACGCGUUUAACCGUAUGGAAGACUAUGGUUGUACUCCUGAUAUGGUUUCGUUUUCGAUUGUUAUUAGUAGUUUAUGA